GCUUGUCUCUAUUUUUUACUUAAAGCCUAACCAAUGAAGAUGGAGUCAGCAGUGGAGGUUCAGCAGGGGGCAGAGACUGCUGUGACUGAGACAGAGAUCCAGCAGAUCACUCCUGCACAGAUUGCUACCUUGGCACAGGUUACCAUGGCAACAGGCCACGCCUCAGCAACAGGUCCCACUGUAACGCUGGUUCAGCUACCAAACGGACAGACGGUCCAGGUCCACGGAGUCAUCCAGGCUGCACAGCCGUCUGUUAUCCAGUCCCCGCAAGUCCAGACUGUACAGAUCUCCACAAUAGCAGAGAGUGAGGACUCACAGGAGUCAGUAGACAGUGUGACUGACUCUCAGAAGCGCAGAGAGAUUCUUUCCAGACGCCCUUCAUACAGAAAAAUUCUGAAUGACCUUUCGAGUGAUGCUCCGGCGGUCGCUCGUAUCGAGGAGGAAAAGGCCGAGGAGGAUUCAUCUGCUGCGGCUGCCACGCCUUCAAUCACCACGGUUACUGUCCCCACACCCAUCUACCAGACCAGCACUGGACAGUACAUUGCAAUCACACAGGGUGGGGCAAUUCAGCUGGCUAAUAACGGUACAGAUGGAGUCCAGGGUAUCCAGACUCUGACUAUGACCAACGCCGCAGCAGCUCAGCCUGGAGCCACCAUCCUCCAGUACGCACAGACCAGCGACGGCCAACAGAUACUGGUGCCCAGUAACCAGGUGGUUGUCCAAGCUGCCUCCGGUGACGUUCAGGCCUACCAGAUCCGAGCAGCCCCUGCCAGCACCAUCGCCCCGGGGGUGGUCAUGGCCUCAUCCCCUGCCCUCCCCACCCAGGGCGCUACUGAGGAAGUCACCCGCAAAAGAGAGGUUCGCCUCAUGAAAAACAGAGAGGCAGCCCGUGAAUGUCGCAGGAAGAAGAAGGAGUAUGUUAAGUGUCUGGAGAACCGAGUGGCCGUCCUGGAGAACCAAAACAAGACAUUAAUCGAAGAACUGAAAGCCCUUAAAGACCUUUACUGCCAUAAAUCUGAGUAGCUCCAGUCUCCAGAACAGCGAGCUGGGCUAAGUAGCACUUAAGUUUCUUCAAAUACUUCGACUGUUUGAUUCUGCCGGCCUGGCCUUCCAGUUUGCACAUGACUGGCUUGUUUUUGACAAAAGUCCAUCUAAUCCAGUUCUUGCUUGCACUCUUUUCUCUUCGGUACGCUUGUCAGUAUGAGGAUAAUUUGAGAAAAUACGCAAUAUCUAUCCAAAGAGAACUCUGGAAAAUAUCAAUCCAUUGAGCAAAGUGCUACCUGAAAAUGUAAAGUCUAAAAACAUGAGUUCAAUCAUGUGCAACCUUAUUCAACAGAUCAAAUUAGCUGAGGGCAACUGCUGCCUCACACACCUCCAGUCACAAGCCUGCGUCUUAUUGUUGUAGAUCUGGCUGAUACUUAUAUAAGAUAGGGCUGCACGGUGGUACAGUGGUUAGCGCUGUUGCAGGGAGGUUCCUGGUUCGAUUCCCCUGUCGGACAGGAGCCUCUCUGUGUGGAGUUUGCAUGGUCUCCCUGUGCAAGUGUAGGUACUACGGCUUCCUCCCACAGUCCAAAGAUGUGCUCUUUAAGUUGAAUGUGAGGGUGUCUGAUUGACUGGCAAACAGUCCAUGGUGUACUCCACCUCCCGCCCAAUGGCAGCUGGGAUCUGCUCCAGCCCAACGCCCAACAAAAGGGAAAAAGCGGUAUAGAUAAUGGAUGGAUGGAUGAUAUAAGAUAUGGACUGUUUACACAUCACAACUGUUGCAGGGAUGCUAAAUAUUUGAUUGGCCUUUACUGGAGUUCAGCUGAGCAUUCUUGUUUACUUUACAAACAGUCAUGGCCGACGAGUUGUCCCUAGAACAUCAUCAUUGUUGCCAUGGUUACACGCAACUUCCUUUACCUUGCGCUCCUUUUUUAGAACAGAUGUUAAACUGUGGACCAGAACUUCUUUUCAGGUGUUCUGAUGAUGUGAUUUUAUGGACACCUGCCUAAUACAAAUGUAACAGUUUCAAUGAGGAGCCCAGUAUAGUGAAUGAGUGAGCCGAAACUAUGACAACAAGACUCAGCUUGUGAGAAACAACAUUAAUUAUUUAUAUCGCUGAAUCCUACAGAAGCCCUGAGCAAACAUGCAUCCAUACACAUGAUUCAUGCGGUUUUCUUUGUGAUGACGAGUCAUUUCCGGUUGUUUUCUUGGGACCGCUUCACAUUUAUGUCAUAUCACCGAAGUUCGAAAGCACAAAACAAACAUACAGUAGGACUAGGAUUCAAUUACCUCAGUUGUGAGGGCAGUGGCAGCAUUGCAUGUUGUUGUCUGGCUUGUCACAGUGACAACAAGCCUUUUGUUUUAUUUAGGUUGUAAGAAAACUGUCACAUUAUCACAGGAAAAGCUGCUUUGUGAUCUCAAGAUCAUGACGACUUAGUCAAGAUGUCAAGAAAACAAAUACUCAUUAUCACUGGAAAAUGGAGUGAAUAAGACGUAUGCAUGUCCACUAAGGACUUCUUUUAUAUCGACGAAUCACAAAUGAUGUUUUGUUUUUUUUCCUUACACAAUCUGUUCCUCAGCUAAAGCUCUGGUUUCAUUAUUAGUGGAGCUCAGCCAGCUGCAGUUAAAGCCUCAGAAUGAAUUAUGGAUGAAAAUACAAUGUGGCACAUACAAGUCAUCUUGUCUAAGUGUUUUUAUAGAUGCUACCAACUGCCAACCUUAAAGAAAGUGACACCAUGUUUGUCAACAGAGGACGUACUUUAGUGUGACAUCAUAUUUUGGUUUAAGCUUUUCUGCUUCUCUACUACUGAUGGUUGUCAGAGGUGGUUUUUUUUAAUUGAAAUUAUUAGUAGGGUGAGGACAUGCUUUAAAAGAAGAGAUUAUUAUUAUAACUUUGAUUAUUUUUUUACAACCUGGAGUCACAUUUUAAAAAUCUGGCCAACAUUCCUGUUAGUUAUGGCUAGAGCGUGACCGAUUUAUCGUCCAGCCGAUAAUUUCGGCCGAUAUUAGCUUAUCCUGUCGCUAUCGGCUAAUUUUAUCACAGAUUUGUGCCGAUCUUUCUAGAUUUGCUCACCAGUCAUGAAGCAUUUCAUUUGAGAUUCAUUGUAUUUCACAAGCAGUUCUUUUCCCCCAGUAGAGUGUGCUAUAUGAAUUACAGCAAGCAUUAUCACUCUCCAGAGAGUCAAGCAGUGAUGCACAUACAUGCACAGUUACUUUCCAGUUGAGUGACCAUCUUUGUAUUAUUAUAUAUCUUUUACACAAGUGUUAGAUAACUGCAUUAACGUGUAUAUCUAUGUUUAUCUAUCUGUAAAGAUCGAACAUACAUCAAAGAAAAUUAUCGGCCGAUGCAAGUUGUGGCGACAUUUUACUCACUUUUUUAGUUUUAGCCAGGUGUUGAAACGAGGUGUUUUUAUUUCAGUAAGUUAAAAAAAUCUGACUGUUAAGAUUUAAUUUUUCUGUUGCAACAACCCAAAAAAUGUAAACUGACACGCAAGAAGUCUUCAAGGCAAAGCACAAUUUUCACAGACUUUCAGGUGUCGUCAUCGCUAAGAUAUUUAGGGGUCAAUUUGGACCUCCCUGCUCCUGUCGUUCGCUGCUUCCUAAGUCAGCAAACUGAGAGUGGAAAACGUCUCAUAACAGAGGAGAGUGUUUUCUGAAAGGAUAGAUAAGAAGCUCCAGGUUGUACAAAUGCACACAUUUAUUGAGCAAUCCUAAAACCAGAGGUCUACAUGUUUUCUUAUUUAAACUCGUGUUCCAUUGAGGUCAAUCAUCAUCUCAUUGUGUCACGGUAAAAUCUCAGUUUCCAUGACAUUUAGUUUUUUAAGUGUUUUAAUAUAUUCUGUAUGUUUUGCUCUGUCUGUUAAACGGUGGUAAAAAAAAAAAAGAGACACAAGAAGAUUGCAGGGUUGUUUUUUAAUAUGUAGCAGGUUGGAUUCUUUGUGAAAGCUACAAAAGCUACGAGAUGAACACUAAAGAUCCAGAGAGAUGUGUUGAAAAAAGUUUGAGUUGGGUUUUCUGAGAGGAUACAUGUACCUAUUAGUCUGUUUAUUUUUUUAUACAGUAUUACUGUAUAUAGACUCUACAGCAUGUUUAGACCUCACAGUUUCUGUUCAUUUGAUAUGAAAAAUGUUUGUAUGACUUGUAUUAAACCAACUUUGAAUAUUUGUAAUAUACAUUUAUGUAUAUAAAUAUAGAAGAUUCUGGGAGUGUAUAUUCAUUUAAUCCAUCAGGCCUACAACCGUCAUGGCAGCUAAGUGUAUGAGAAGAGGCCUUUGUUGGAGGUGUAAUGUUUUGGAGUGCUGUGCUCUGUGUUUGGAUUGACACUGUUUGUUUGUAGAGAAGAACGAGUCUGUUGAGAGCAGCGAGGGUCCACAAAAUAUAACAAUUUUAUAAUUAAUAAUUUAGUUUAUUCCAAAAUGUCACAUUUCCCGAUAUCUUCCUCCACACGUGAAUAUGUUUUAUCUACAUUUAUUUUAAUGUCAUAAAGGUGUUUUAACCCCCUUGGAAUAAUCAAAUGAAAGCACAAUUCCCACUAGAGCCCAUUCUAUGUUUAUUUGAUUUGACUUUCACUGCGUUUAUUUUACUUUUUAAAUGCAUGUAUGUUACUCAAAGCUCGACCAAAGUCUUUUUCUUUUCUUUCUAAAAAACAAAUGUGGGCAUUCACUCGGAUAAAUAGGAUGUCUUCAACAAAAUGUUCAUUUUCUAGGGGUUUUAAAAAAUAUCAUGUGUUCACUGUAGCGCUGACAUUUUUUUUCAAAAUUUCAAACAUUUUGAUAUUGUACAGUUUCUAUUUGUAAUGUAUAGAGUUUAAAGGGGUUGAAUUAGUUACACAAAGCAUACUGCACAGCACCUCAAAGACUUUAAAUGAAUCAUUUCAUAUUAACCCAGAGCACAGUUGUGUCUGCUGGGGUCGGACAUGUUGAACUGUUUUUGGAGUGAUGGAGGGAUCUUUGAAACAAAAUGCAAAGUUUAUUUACUUUUAAUACAUUUUAAGGAAUGGACUGAAGUCUGAAUAUGAUCCCACUGAUAGGCAUGAAAACUCUCUGAACUUGGUGCCAUAUUGAUAAAUUGUUCACGGAGGGUGGGGGUGGGGCAAGGGGGUUAUCGUGGCCACCUCCUGUAAUUUACACAUGAAGAGAUGGUGCUGAAUAAAAUAUGAAUUAUCUUUUUGUUGAUUUGAUAUAGUGAGCUCAACUUUGUGAUGUGUUUACAACAACCUUUCAUCAAAAAACAAAGGUGUUUUCAUUUCUGUGCCAUGAUAGUUUAUACCCAAAGGGCCUCAUUUGUGCAUGAAACAGAUUGUUAUCCAUGUGUGUAAAAGUAUAUAUAAAUAUAUAUAUAUAUAUAUGUAUUAUUUCUAGAACAGUAAUCAUGACUUUUCUAACUUUUAAUGUGAUCUGUUUAUAUUUGACACUUUUACACGUGAAUCAUGUAUUGUAUAAUGUCUUGUAGAGAACAAGUCACCAAAUGAUGAUCUUAGUUUGGACAUUGUCAUGUUAUAAAACUCUACCAGCUCAUUAUGUUAACGUGCUGUUCUCUGACAUUACACUUUUGUAAACACUAUACUAUGUUGCAAUAAAACGCUCUUGAAGACUGUUA